AUGCCUGGACCUCCGCCGCCGCCACCACCACCACCGCCGCCCCCUCCUCCAGCCGCACCUCCACCGCCAUCGUUUGGUGGCGGCGGAGGGGGAGGACCGGCCUUCCUGGCCGAUAUUCGUAAAGGAGCAGCACUCAAGAAGGUCCCCGAUUCGCAGAAAAAAGAUCGCAGUGCUGCUCUUAUUGGCGACGUGAAGGGUGGUUCCGCUACCGGAGGAAGCCAAGUUGACGGACGUGGCGCUGGAUCAGCGCCCAGCGAGGGCGACAUCAAGGCAAAACUAAACGCCAUGUUCGGGGGUGCGGCCUCUAUGCCUGCGGCCAAGCCAAGGUCUCCGGGUUCCUCCACGUAUCGACCCACGUCUCCUUCCUUUCCGUCUCCUCCUCCUCCUCUUGCCCCCCCUUCAGCGAUGGCUUACCAGCAACCACCACCCCGACCCUAUAAGGCUUCACCUGCGCCUCCUCCUCCGCCCCCUUUACCGCCAUCCAGACCCACCGCACCGCCAGCCAAUCAAAAUGGCCCUGUGAUUCCCGUUCUGGAACAGCCUCCACGGAGACCGCAGCCUUACCUUAAUCCUUACAAAAAAGCACCGCUGCUGCCCGCUUUCAGUGGCUGCGGCACGAUUCCUGCGCCCACACCGGCACCGCUAGAUUGCAUAGUCCCGGUUACGCUUCACUGGUGCUCACGUUGGAGUGAGGCGACAACUCUGGCCCGCGGCGUUUUCACCGCACCCACAAACCCGUUCUUCAUCAGCCACUGGGUAGAAGCCGCAGGGGUUCAUUUGGUCCUAAGAUCCCCAUGUCAGAUUAUGCAUUCCCAGGCAACGGUUGUGGCCGGCCUCAUUACCUUCCCCGAUUUAUCGUUGUUUUGGUUUGUUCUCUUCAAGGAGCCUCCCCCUCUACCUCCCCAGCAGCCCCCUCUUGCCAGCUAUCCCCCACCGGGGGUAUAUCCAACUGACACGAGGCGCGCGAGUCGGCCCGCUCCGCAGGUGCCCGCCCGGCAGCCCUCCUUCAAUUCGAGUGGCGUGCCGUUUGACCAGCGAUUCGAUUUCCCAGACGAGUCCACCUUUCCGCCGCCGCCGCAUAUUUACGUCGGACCAAAAACCUACAUCGAGUUUCGUCCUGCAGAACUGGGCCUCUCUUCAACGCCGCGGGUAUUGACACUGAUAGCUUGGGGCGAUGUGGAUCCAAUGUGGACUGUCUGUCCCCCGACUGGGGGUUGUUUCGUUGCCUUCUUCAGUUUAUCCGGAGAUUCUGAGGUGUUGCUCUCACCAUCCACAGCCAAUGGCCUUCACUGGGUCAAACCACUGCGUGUUUUUGGUGUUGACUUUAGCGCCUCAGAAUAAAUGUCUGACGAAGCUUUGAUGUCGGAUGCCUCCUGCACGAAAUCUUCCAUUUCGUCUGUUGACCCCUACGAGUCCACCUCGGACUCCCCUACUAAAAACUGUAACGAAGCGAACCACGUUCUGACUGAGAAGUCGGCAAUCCAGAUAUCGCCAAUGCUUGCUAGCUCAAUCGAGUGGACAGAAUCGUUGUCUAAUAAUUCAAAUAAGGAGGCAACGGCGUCGGAGCAAAGCUAUGAAACCUCUGACACCGAGAGUGCCACGGAAUAUUCCUCUCUGUCUGACCAAGCCGGUCUGGCGGAUGAAUACACAAAGGCGGCAGCACCGAUGAGCAGGAAGCAGCAGGUAAUGCGAAAUCGAGAGAACAUCGCGGCCCAAACACUUCACGUGCAGGCAGAAAUCGACAAGUGGAGUGCUUCAGCUGUUAAUGUUGUAGACAUCUCAGCCGGGAAUUCGAAGCCACGCCACACAGGCGAGGCCACCUGGAAGGAGGACCAAGUUGAAACGCACUUCGCGGCUGCCACAGAUGUUACUGGACCGUCGGAUACGAGGGGCGGUAAAACUGCUAACGGAGAAGAAAAGGGACAAGCACGUUGCGAGACCAUACGAGAAGCCCUUACGUGUCUAUGGAAGGCCCUAUUGGAGGCCAAUUGUGCCAUUUACACAAAAGAAGGGGCCAACGAAGCUGGUUUUCUACCCGAAAGUGGUGAGUUUUUGCGGCUUUUGGACUUGUGGAGGGUGGAAGAUCCCGCGCAGAUACGUAUUAUUAAUAUACUUCACUACAACCUGGAGAAUGUUGUUUCUGGAUGUGUAGAACAACGAAAAGCUCUCACCCACGCACUUCAUGAACUCAGCAAAAAGAACGACCAAAUUUGCGCACUGAAAAGGCGCCUCAUGACAACCAAAAGCGAUUUACGAAGACUGUGGACGUCAUAUAUACUUCUAGAACAGGAAAAUGCCAAACUCAGAGGUACCGUGUCAAGCACGAAGACCUAUCCAGAGGAUCUGCUAACACCUGAGUUGGACCUGAAGCCCGAAUCAGGCGACGUUCAGGUCGUCAUCGAACCCCGAGAAGACUAUCUAAUUAAGCGAUUGAACGAAUACGAAGAGAUCAUAAUUCGUAUUGCGCUCGCUUUGUCGGACGUGGCCUUGAGCGCGUUUGAACGAACAAAAGGUUCAUUACACGACGCGGCGGUUGUUGAGAGGACGGCUUCGAAGGAAUUGGCUAUCGCAGCCCUCAAAUGGCCAAAAGCUUGCAAAAUACGGUUCAAGGAGGCAAGUUGUUUUCGUUACAGACGGAUACUAUCGAUUGGCACACUGGGUGUCACCACCUACCGGAAGGACAACUUGCGCGUCACCAACCAGUGGCUGUACCAGGAGAUAUUCUCCAUCCGACCGGACAACGGAUCGGCAAGGAGUGGCAACAACGGCCAGCAGAAGUUCAACCUCGUGGCAGGCGGCAGUGGCGGACGCAAGGACAUGUCCUUUCUGUCCGAAUAUCGCGCCGACAUCCUCACGGACAUGCUGGUAAGUUGGGACUGCCUAAACUCCCCUCACCUCGAUACGAACUUCUGUUUACUUUGA